AUGUGCAAAUCCAUCAAAACCGUUUCCAGCUGCGGCCAUCCCAGUUUCUGGGUUGACAGAUGCAACCUCGCUCGCCGCUCCAACAUCCAACCCACCACUUGUCCUUACUACCAUCAGGACAUUGUUCGCCAGAACAAGGUGUGCGGGGGAUGCAAGGAGAGUGAGAAGAGGGCGAGAGAGGAUGAGGACGAAGGUGCAAAUACAAUGAAUAGAGAUGAUGUGAUAUGA